AGAACAAGUUUAGUUAUUUCAGUUUGAAAGUGAAAGCUUCACGUUUUUUUUCAAGCUUUUCAAACCUCCGCUCCCCCCAUAUUCAACUUCGCCAUCUUCUUUGACUCCUCCUCACUUCUCACACACAACUACCCUAAAAUCCUAAAGCACAUACCCUAAAACCCUAAAACAUGUGUCCUUAUCUCGCACCAACCACCACAUUUCCGGCCCUUUGAUCGAAAACCUCUAGAAAUUGCUGAAAAUAAUAAUAAUAAGAUGUUGAUGAAAUUAAAAAAAAUAAAAUAAAUAAGACCUCUAAAAGGGCACCCGGCCACAACUACAAUACCAACAGACAAGAUAUCCCUAAAGGAACACCAGCUAGUACCGAUUAUGGGGAACACCUUGGGAAGAAAAAAGACCACAAAGGUUAUGAAGGUGACCGGAGAGACGAUGAAGCUGAAGAUUCCGGUAACCGCCGGCGAGGUAACCAAGGACUACCCUAGCCACGUUCUGCUGGAAUCGGAGGCUGUGAAGCACUUCGGCAUCAGAGCGAAACCCUUGGAGUCGCAGCAGGAGCUGAAGCCCAAAAGGCUAUACUUCUUGGUGGAAAUGCCAAAGUUUCCGGCGCAGAUGCCUAGGAGGGUCCGGUCGGAGAUCAAGAUGAGCGCCAAGGACCGCCUGGAGAGCCUCAUGCUCGCCCGGAGAUCGGUGUCGGACCUGUCCAUCAUGAAGCCGGCGAGCAUUGGUGUUGCAGAAGAGGGGUCGUCAUCGUCGUCCGGCGCCGGCAAGGUGCAGGUGAAAAUGAGAGUGCCGAAGGCGGAGGUGGACCGGUUGGUGAAGGAAAGCGGCGACGAGAAUGAGGCCGUGAAGAAGAUUGUAGACCUUUGCAUGGCGAAUCCCGGAGGGGGCUCGACGUCAAUGCACCGGCGGACACAGUGGAAGGGUUGCAGGGAAAGAGAGACUAAUGUUAGGUUUGAUUCCAAUAAUUAUUAUAUAGAAAUAUAAUGAUUUAAUUAUCUAAGAAGUUGUAUGUUGAAGGCCUACCAUGUAAGAGUUGGCGCUAUUUGCAGGAAAAUAUUGGAAUAUGGCAUAUUAAUUUUAUGGGCA